UCUAGUCCCCUGCCCCUUCUCCCUUCCGUUCCCGCUAUCUUCUUUCUUCCAUAGAGCGAUGGAAAACCAUGUUAGUGCUGCUGCUUCUUCCUUCUUACUCGCCGGCCUGUUUGCUCUUCUAUUCACUAGCUUUCAUUGGAAAGCAUGCGAUGGAGCAAGAGUAGGUCCUCAAAAACCAACAAACACGGAGUUCAUAAGAACCUCUUGCAGUGCCACGGAGUACCCCAUCCUCUGUUUCGACUCUCUCUCAUCCUACGCGAGCACGAUCCAAAACAGCCCCAUGAAACUAGCUGACGCCGCCUUGACGGUGAGCCUCUCCACCGCCCGGUCCACGUCCACCAUGAUGUCGAGGAUGUCGGCAGCGGGAGGCAUGAAACCUCGAGAGGCGGCUGCGGUGAGCGACUGCAUGGAGAAUUUGGGCGACUCGGUCGACGAGCUCCAGGAGUCUCUCGCAGAAAUGGCGCACAUGAGAGGCAAGAACAUGGGCCUACAGAUCAAUGACAUCCAGACUUGGGUGAGUGCCGCGCUCACCGAUGACGACACCUGCAUGGAUGGGCUGGCCGCCAAUGCCAUGAACGGCGAGGUCAAGAAUGCCGUAAGGGGCCACGUCGUUAACGUGGCGCAGCUCACAAGCAAUGCCUUGGCGUUCAUCAAUGCGCUCUCGUCCACCCGGUCCUAUCCUUGAUCGCACGGAUGCGACUAUAUAUCCUAUUUGGAUUGUUGGAUUAAUUCUAGAAGUUAAAGAUUGGUGUGUGCAUGGAUGUAUAAAUUUGAGACGGUCAAAUGCUGCCAUCUUCAUUAGUGUGGUUUCAA